UCUGUUUCGUUUCAUUUUUCAUUCAAAUAAUGGAGAGACGCCUAUAUGAAACGGAAUUAUUUUGUGGGCUCUUAGUUUUAUUAGUUAAUGUUGUUCAAGUAGUUGGGUUUGACCCAUGUAUACCUGGAAGCCACAAGGAAUUUCCAGAUGUGAAUUUUGGGGAUCGAAAUGAAAACUGCAUACAUGAAGCAGGUUCGGAGUGUGACUAUUAUCUGCCCGCCAAAUGGUACUCCUCGAAACUGGGUGAUUUGGCAACUGAAUGCCCACAAACAGGAACUUGUGGUGUGAUUUAUCCAGCUUGGAUUAAUGGCUCAUUUCCGACAGAAGAAGAAGAUAUAGUCAAUUUGACUAUCUGCAUUAAGUUCAAAAAUGAUUGUUGCCAUGACAAUAGUCUAACAGCGCAGGUUAAGAACUGUAGUGAUUUUUUCGUGUAUUAUCUUCCAACGCUAAUUCAAUGUCCCAGUGUUUACUGUUUUGAUUCAGACUUACCCUGUAAAUAUGAUGAACCAUUAACCAGUUCAUCCUCAAAUAUUACUUCAUCAUCAACUGCGCCCUCGGUGUCAGUGGUGUCGUCAACAAUAACCGAGUCUACCAUCACCGACAAAAAAACUUACCACACCGAGGCGACAACCCAAUCCCAACAGACAUCUUUGAACAUCACCAAGGAUUUUAACAACUCCGCUAACAAUGGUUCAACCGAGGAAUCAACCUACCCUUCAACAGGAACAACUCAGCGUAGCGAUGCAACCGCCACGGCUGUCAUACACGAAGCGGUUCAGACGUACAUAGCAGUUUUAGUAACAGUCCUUGUUGUUAUAAAAGCAGUGGUGUUUCUGAGGUCCAAAUGUGGUAAAAGAAUUACAAAAAAGGCUGUACCGUACGAAUGUCUGCCAGCUCGACCAGAAACCGGCGAAUACAAUUUAAUCGGUCGUAUAAGAGAAAGUACACCAGCCAGAGCUUCUUACCUAACACCAACAAUGGAUAUGCGCUCGUCAAAUACCCAGGCUGAUGCAGCCUGCUGAGUGCUGCAGUGAUGUUAAUAUCUGUGUCUUCCUUCUUCGCAGUUAUAUUUAUGGGCAUGUUGAGCUCAAAUGUUUAAUUCUCGACCAAGCGAUGCAAAAAAAAGAUCGACCCGUAUGUGAUGCCCCUAUCCCAGUUUUGCAGGACCGUCAUGCGAAAUAUAGUCUUCACAGGAUAUUUCUAUCGAAGGAUUGUGGAUGUCCGGAGCUCCUCUGACCAUAGGGCGAUAGUGUUGUAUAUAUACUGACAAGAAACAAGUACAUAAAGAACCUUAUACGAAUUUGCAAAUGUGCAAUAUUUUUCAGCUCUAUGCGUAUGACUUCGGUAUCGGGUCAAGACGGCCUGGUACUUUACCAUUGUUAUACCUUUCAAAAUAUUAUUUUGUUCGAAAUUCAGGAUUAUUCAGGAUCAUUUGUUUAUGUGUUUGGUAGAAGUUGUUAUUCAGGCCCCAAUUUAUCGAAACUUCUGAAGCCUCUUAUAACAGGAUGGAUUAAGCUAAUCUCAUUAUUUUUGUUGCUCUAUAAAAUGCGUAUUAUUUACUUUUUAAAGAGUUUUUAGAAAUUAUGUAGACAUAUUCUAAAUAAUAAUGACAAUAAGACAUUUCUCAUUUAUCAAAAUCCAUUUUUAAUAUGUGUUUUGGCUAAUUGAAAUAAGUGACUUAAACCUGUUAUGCUUAAGAAGUUUCGAGAAAUUGGGGCGAGGUUAUUACAUGUACAUUAUACUUAUGAUUGUCUUGAGAAUAAAAUACGGUUGUACUUUUUUAUA